UGUAAAUGUUAUUUUUCAAAGAUCAAAAGAUACCAGAAAGACUUGGACCAAAAAUCAAGCUUGAAGCACAAGCUAAGUGUGUUAUAACCCUCUCUCUGUCUCAGAUGGAGUUGAAGUGGGAGUGUGGAUGAGGAGCUCGGGGACACUUCUCAAUCACCUCCAUGGAUCGUAGAAGAUCCUCCAACCCCCUUUUCCCUCUCCUUUUGCUCCUCUUUGUCCCCUGUCCGUGUCUUGGUGGGCCAGCCCGCUCUCCUCUCCUGCCCGGUCAGCCCUUCCUGAUUCUUUGGGCUGUACCAAACAAGGACUGUCUUGGUCGCCCUGACCCGGCAGCUUUUGGGAUGGAGUGGGAGGGACGUGUGGCUGAAUUUUAUGAGGACUCACUGGGUCUUUACCCAUAUUUCAGUGCAGAGGGAGAGCCUGUGAAUGGCGGCCUGCCCCAGCACACCAGCCUGGAGCACCACCUUCAGAAAGUGGAAGGGGACCUCACAGCAACUUUGCCACAGGCUGGGGCACCCGGCCUCGGAGUGCUGAGGUGGAAGGAGUGGGAGCCGCAGUGGAGCAGAAACCGGGGAAAUCAGCGGAGGUAUUUGGAGACAUCGCGAGCGUUGCUCCGGGGUUUCUUCCCAGGCUGGAGUGCAGACGAGGUGGAGAAAUGGGCUCAGGUGGACUUUGAAGCAGCAGCCCAAUUCAUUCUCAUGGAGACCCUGAGAGAGCUAAAGAGACUCCGCCCACAGAGACUGUGGGGCAUGGCUCCGUACCCAAGCUGCUACAACUCUGAUCUCACUCAGAUGCUGCUAGCUAAUUACACAGGCCGCUGCCCGGCUGCAGAGAUGGCACUAAAUGAUGAGCUCAUGUGGCUAUGGAAGCGAAGCGAUGCACUUUACCCCACCCUCGCACUGGAGAAACUCCCUGAAGGAACUAAGGGUGCAUGGCUGUAUGCAUCCAAUCAGAUCAGAGAGGCAUUAAGAGUGGCCGCUCUAGCAGGGACAACAUUUGAGCUUCCUGUGUUUCCACUGGUCAAGAGUAUGUACAUCUCAUCCAGUAGCUUUCUCUCUGAGGCUCAUUUGGUGAAUACUGUAGGAGAGAGUGCUGCUAUGGGUGCAGCAGGAGUCAUUAUCUGGGAUAGAUUCCUUACUACUAAAACACAGAAGUUGUGCUCUGAUCUAACCUCAUACGUGCGAGAGGUCCUUGGCCCCUAUGCUGUCAACAUAACCAUGGCGACUCGUCUUUGCAGCAUGUCACUUUGCAAGGGACUUGGCCGCUGCGUACGUAAGAAACCAGAAGACCCUGUCUACCUGCACCUUCCUCCUGGCCACUUCCUGCUGCUGCGCCAGGGAGCAGAGGGCAUUCGAGCAAUGGGGCAACUUCCCCCAAAUUACCUGGAUGGGUGGAGACGGGACUUUCACUGCCACUGGUUUGAGGCUUUUGAAGGAGCGGCUGCUGAUCAGGAGUCACUUGGGACUGAGAAUGGUGGUCAGAGGUCACUGUCCACAAUAAAGCCACCCAAUAUUGUUGCUCAUACUGUGGGGACAGUUGGUCAAAGUGAAGGAAUUGAGAAGACACUUGGGCAAAGUGAGGAGACAGUGGUUCCCAUGAUGCCUGCUGGACAAGAACCGUCAAAAAGUGGCUCCCCCACUCACUUUGUGACCAUCAUCCUUCUCUGUGUUCUGUCGUUCUUCAGCCUCACAAACUUGGACUUCUAAAUCUGUCUUUCUGACAGAUGGGGCAUACAAGAGGAACCAUUUGGCCUUGAUUUUGUUUCUUUUGCUUGUCCAUCAAAACUAAUAAUAGCUGCAACAUAAAACAAAUUAAUAUUGCUUAAUGGUAACAGAGAUGUGAGUGUGGGAAGGUGAACUGGAUACUCACCACAAUCAGUUUAAAGUGGUGAACAUGGUAAAAAAAAAAAUCUAUGAGUCCAUUUAUCUUGAGAUCCAUCAGCUUCACAAACUUUUUUUUUUUUGCGCCAUUUUCUUCUAAUUUAGCCAAUACAAAUCCCCACCACUAGCUAGAUCUCCCUUAUCACAUAACAGCUACUAAUCAAGGAACAUGAGGGCUAACAUAUGCUUCCUCUGAGAUGCAAGCAGAAAGCCAGCAAACAGCUCCCUAUGCAACGUAAUCGAGAAGGUGACAGCACUUACAGGACAACACUGGCUGCCCUUUUCUGUAUGUUUGAGGAAAGCCAUCCUUUCCAGUCAGAGAACAGGGCCAAUUAUGCUGUCUUGGACUCCCCAGCCAGCUAUGACAUAAUCAGGAUUCAGAGCAUCACAACUUUGACCUUUAAGAAGACCGACUUGCUAAGAAAGCCAGUCUGUGUUAUAGAUAAAACACAGACACAAAUGCAGGUAUGCACUGAAAAACUCAACAAUUUCUUAUUGUUCUGCUCAGUGAGCAGUAAUUAAUGGCCACUUAAAACUGUAAGACUUAAACAUUUGUAAGACAUUCUCAUGGGUUUGUACAUAUUUAAAUUGAUUUUUGGUCACUUAGAGAAUGUCUUCAGUGAAAAGAGAAACAUUAAAAGAACAAUUUAGAUGGUGAUUGUUCAUUUUCUAACAAUUGCUCUAACCUGAUCAUGUCAGCUCUCAGGAGGAGAUGAUUAACCUGUAGUAAAGCCUGUGAUGGCACACAUAAUAACAUCAGUAUAAAGUCUAUAUAAUGGUAGUUAGAAUUAUCCAUGGAAACUUAUGCAAAUUAAGUUUAAUUACAGUAACAUUACUCAUUUUCUGCAGGCAUGUGACAAUGGUAAAAUAAAAUAGAAGUUCACUAUAGUAGACUCACACCACGUGUCUAACAUUUCUGAAGUACUUUACUCAGAUAAUAAUGUGUGUGCCACUCCUUCGGAGAUUUGUCUUAAAAAACAAGGUGCAUUUUCCUGGACAGGAUUGAAAUUAAGCCAGAAGUAGACAGAAUAUAUAAUCAAGGCAUUAUGAAACAAAAUUUCAGAUUAAUUACUUCCAGACUAUGAAGGCCUGACAUUAAUCAAACAAGCUUAAACUUGUGCUAGUGGAUUUGUUGUGCUAAGGCUGAUUCAGAAACCUGGAAAAUCAUAAUAUUAUGGGGAAACGGAAAUUCAAAUUCAGGCAAAUCAAUAGCAGAAAAAGACAGAAAACCAAAAAUCAUUGUUGAGGAAAAAUAUUAUUAAGCAAAAGAUUGCAAAGCACCACAUCAUUGAAGACAAAAGACACAUUACCUGCAGAAGCCUGGACAUCAGUUUGAAAUGAAUUUAGCACUGAUGAGCACAUAUCUAAAAGAGCCAUGCAACAAUUUAAGAACCUGGUUGUAGUGAAGGUAUCUAGGGGUUGCUGGUUGUAUGCAUGGUCUGAGCAUUAACACUGUCAUCAGACAAAAUCCCAGCAUGCCUUCCUCUUUAAAACUUCUGCAUACAGAGACAAGUGUAGUAAAUCAUGAGUUGCAACUUUCCGAUGUGUUUAGUAGUGUACACACUGUACAUUAAUUGAGAACAAGUUCUCAUAUUUCCUCUAUUCAUCAGAAUCUGGUGCAGGAGGACAUUUGGGGAUAUGGCAUCCAUGUAAACUGUCUGUUUCUCCUGGGAAAUUUUCAUAUUCAUAGACAUUUGUAGCCUGUGCUGGUGCAUCAGAGAAAUGGCAUUUCUUGACCAACUUUACAUAAUUUACAACAUCAUGAUGGAAGGUGCCACACACCAAAAAUCUUCAAAUUAUGAGGAUUUGAGGACAAGGUCAUAUUCUCUUUGGUUCUCUUUGGCUCACAGAUGAGAGCUUGUGCACCAAAAUUAAUAAGACCACUGCUUUUACUUUACAUUUGCAAGCAUGCAUCAUCUUAAAUCAUGUAGAGUCAAUCGUCAUUUGUGUGACUGCCAUUGUCUAUUCAUAUUUACUGAUGUAGUCCAAAUAAUCCAUUUCUCACCUUUAACAGCAUUAGACUGACGUUAAACCUUUAGUUUAAACCCUCAUAUACUCCUGAAAUAACUUGAAAAUUAAUUCAUUGUUUAAAUCUAGAUUAAGCUGAAUUGUGUUUUCAGUUUAAUUGUUAUUCCAGUUGAGAAGAGCAGUUUCAUCUAUGGGAACCCGACCUAGAGAGCAAUAAAACUGCACUGGUUGGCAUCAUAAACAAUUGCUGAAUGCCCUUCUGUAUUAUAUGGACAGUGAAAAUGGAUAUUAUGACCUUGCUUAACUUAGUGUAUGGCUGCAAUGCAGAUUUCAGCUAGAUGAAAGUUGUGAUCACAUGAUAACGGUCAUGGGUCAUAAAAUCCCAUCUGUGCGAGAUACACAGAGUUACACAAGGGCAAUGCUCUGUGAAGGUAAACAAGUUUUGACAUGAUUUCCGAAAGUUUUGAGAAACAAAAACAUCCCUACAGGUGUUUGUGUAAACAAAUAUCACAUGACUGAAGCAUCCAUAUGCAUGCAAAUACACUCACCCACCCAUGCACCUCUCUCAAAGAAUUUCAUUUAAAGACAAAAAGGGUUUAUCAAACAGGGAAAAAAUUUACUUUUAAUUUUGUACUUUCAUUGUGACCAUUUUUAAAAAGGGGUUAUUAGAAUUGAAUGGCAAUUUUCCACUUCUUAAUCCCUUCUUCCUUAUAUGCGCAAAUUUUGUGCAAACGUUAUGAGAUGAUCAAGAAGUAAGCGUAGGGAUAUGUUUGUGCAUAUGAAUAACCAGCGUCUCCUCUUUGACGCAUGUACAAACACAUGAACUAGUCUAAAACCUGUAUUUUGUGGUACAACAUCAUAUUUAUACAAUGCUGUAGAGCCGGUCAGCCAGUCUUGUCACCUCUAUCAAUCCAUCUGUCCAAGCUGUCCAAACUAACCUCUAAUCUCAUGUUUAGUCUUCGUUUUAUCGUUAAUCUGGGACAGGCACACAGAUCUAGCCAUGUUUACAGCAAAUCUGAACCAUCUGCUACACCACCACAAAACAGCAUGAAAUGAUACUGAACAAUAGUAAACAAUAAACAGCAGUUAAAAGCAGAAAGACAUACUGUAGUAUCUCUCACUGUCUCAAAGGUAAAAUAUGUGCAUUAUGAUGCUGCAUUAUACAAUCUCACGUUUAAUUACAGGCUCUCUGGAAGUGAACUGGGUUAAAGUAAGUGGAUGAUCAACAGUGCUGUAGGCUUCAAUGUGUAAGAAACACAAUGACGUUUUCAAAUUUAAACUCUUAAUAACAAGUUUGUGCUCUCACUGGCAGUUUGUGGCCUACCGGCUGCCUUAAAGCCAGAGGCCAAGGGAACAUACGCACUCACUCACACAUGCACAGUCGUCUCUAAUUAAGACAUUAUAAUACAGAGCAGCAUGAGGCAGAAGCAGUAGUCAGCUGAUAGGAAUGUGCUGUGCGUACAGGGAGCUCACCUGAUAUUCACCACGCGAGUUCUGUCUGUGUUGUCUCACUUCAGACGGUACCGUAGUUUGAGCUGUAACGCUUCAUGCCACCUGACCAAGACUAGACACACAGUGGGCCUCACUUAUCAAACUGGAUACAAACAGAUUUAUUUGUAAAUCAUUUGCAGGAGCAUUUACACAAGAAAUGUAGUAUUCAUGGAAAUCCAGCUUCAUAUCCUAUGAGAGCUCCCGAGAUUCCUGAGAAUUUACAUAUUAGGAAAGUU